AUAUUUCAUAAUUUUUACCUCCUAGUUUUUUGGCGAUAUGAGUUGUGGAACUCCAUAUAUCGGCAGUAGGAUUAGUUUGAUAUCGAAGGCAAAAAUCCGUUAUGAAGGAAUUUUGUUCACGAUUGAUGCUGAAAAUGCUACAGUUGCUCUGGCAAAAGUUCGAUCAUUUGGCACAGAAGAUCGGCAGACCGAAUGUGUAGUACCUCCACGAGAUGAUUUAUAUGAAUAUAUUAUAUUUCGUGGAAGCGACAUAGAAGAUCUGACAGUAUGUGAACCUCCGAAGCCACAGCAGCCACCAACGACUUCUUUGCCACAGGAUCCUGCUAUUGUACAGUCUGUUGUGACAUCUCAGCAUUCGGGUAUGCCUCCUAAUGCACCAACUCAUAUGCCGCCACCAUACAUGCCACCGUAUGGAUAUGGAAUGCCUCCGUACAAUAUGGUCCCGCCCCCAAACCAACCACCGCAUAUGCCAUCCGGUCCACCACCACCUGUUGGACUACCUAGAUCUGCACAUCCACAGCCUGGUGCUGCCCAACAGAAGCCUCUCCUACAAGGUGCUAAAUCUGCUUCACCUGUAUCACUUGGUAGAAUUUCUCCGACAUCAGAUCAGGGAAUUCAAACUGGAAGUCCACUAGCUCAGAAUAAUGCAGACAGCCGUUCGUAUGAGAAGCGUAGAGAUUUUUAUGAUCAAGAUAAUUCUCGUAAUAACGAGGGAUCAAGAAAUUCAUACGAUAAUCGGAACAGGAACCAACAAAGAAAUAACAACUGGAGAGGAAAAAGUGAUUUUCAUCGAGGUAAUAGAAGAGGAGGACGCUCGCGACCAAAUAAUAGAGGUCGAUAUAAUGGACCACGUAAAGAUGUUUUGUCUUUUCAAGGCGACUUUGAUUUUGAAACCUCCAAUGCUCAGUUUAACAAGGAGGAUAUUGCUAAGGAGCUCAUGGAUAAACUUAAAAUAACAGGAAAGAAAGAGCCUGAGAAACCGAAACCCGAGGAUGCAGUUGAUAAAGUAGACAGUGGAAUUGAUUCAGCACACACCAAUGAAACUGCAGAGGAAUCUGAUGACAGUGACAACCCAAUUUAUUAUGAUAAAACCAAGAGCUUUUUCGACAACAUUACAUGCGAGACCAAUAACCCUCGAGGUGAACGUAUAUCGUGGUCAGAGGAAAGAAAACUUAACACUGAAACAUUUGGGACUACUUGGCGUGGACGUGGCCGAGGAUAUCGAGGGGGACGAGGCGGUUAUCGUGGCAGAGGAGGGGGUUACAGAGGCGGUUACAGAAAUUACAAUAAUUACGGAGGAUACAAUCAGAAUUACCGUAGCAACAGAGGGUAUUAUGGAGGUGGAGGACAUAACAAUCAGAGAUACACCAAUAGAUCCUGGAAUAACGAUGGAUCUGGUGAAGGAGGUCGUGGUAACUGGCGACAAUACAAUAACAGAGGUGGGCGUCGCCAAUGGGAUAAUCAAAAACCACAGGAAUCUGAAAACAAGCAGUCUAAUCCUUCGAGAUCAUCGAAGCCAGUUGAAGCUUCUUCCUAAUGACCUAGCUAGAAGAAACUGGAGUGGUUCAUAAUAUGUUUAUGUUCCUUGGACCUACCUGCUCGUUUGAAUUUAAAUGACACGUGAAUGAUAUUUGUUCCUGAAGCGCUAUUUGAAAUUGAAUGAUCGAAUAAGGAAGAAAAUUCACCCUAAAACCCAUUCAUCUAUGUGCAAAAGUUCCAAAUGCGCUCUUUAGUUUCAUUACUACUUUCGAAGUAAAAGCCGUUCUUCUCUUAUAAACAUUUCCUAUUUGAAAGAAAAACGAAACUACAUGAGUCCUUAUUUAGUAUUGUUACUUUUGCAAAACUUUUGUCGUUGGUCGAUUGCUGAUGCAUUAUUCCACCAAAUGGACUGCGUUCCAUGGAUUAUUUUCGCUUCAAUGCAGAUGACGUUUAUUAUUUGUGGAUUGAUCAUCUGUACAUCAUCCAUUGCACAUUGUGGUGUAAAACUUUUUGUUGCUACUUUGCCACGUUUGUUUAGUUUGUGAAGCACGCUAGUAAGUUGCUGCUGAUAUGAACUUUUGAAGUUCAUUUCGAGGUUUAUUAUACAGGCAUGGUUAUUUUGGUGGAAAUGCUUCUCUUUCCUACUUUGUCAGUUAACAACAAAUACCUGAAAUUGAUUGUUUUCUUUUUGAUUCAAGAGUUUAGGACUUUAAGGGACUGGUUAGAUUAAAUUAGCUAAUUGCUUUCUUCUGAUAUAUGGAGUUGAUAUGCCCAUGAAUAUUUUGUUAAAAGUGCAUUUUACCAGCAUUUGUUUAAAUACUCUGUGCUGUGCAGUGGGGUUUGAAUCAUUGGUGAUAAGUUUACUAUAUACUGCUAGUAGCGAAGUCUUUCAAAUACAGCAUCGAAUUCUACAUUAUAA